CAUGGACACGCGUGAAUUGCGCUUUGCGCGUGCUAUGGUCUUCGCCAUCGAAGAAAUUAACAACAGCUCGGAGCUUCUGCCGGGCAUUACACUCGGUUACCAAAUCCAUGACUCCUGUGCCUCGGUACCCGUAGCUGUCCAGGUGGCAUUUCAGCUUGCAAAUGGCCUGCAGCAGUUGUAUGACUCAAACAAAGUGUGUUCACGAUCUGGUAGGGUAACGGCUGUAGUUGGUGAGUCUGGAUCCACGCCAACUAUGAGCAUUUCGCGAAUCAUCGGGCCCUUUGACAUUCCACAAGUGAGUCACUUUGCUACAUGCGCAUGUUUGUCUGACAAGAGGCAAUUCCCAACAUUUUUUCGAACCAUCCCCAGUGACCAGUUCCAGGCAGAGGCUCUUGCCAAACUCGUGAAACAUUUUGGUUGGACUUGGAUUGGCGCUGUCCGGUCUAGAUCAGACUAUGGUAACAAUGGGAUGGCGUCCUUUCUACGAGCAGCGUACGAAGAGGGUAUAUGUGUUGAAUACUCUGAAUCUUUCUAUCGUACUGAUCCACAGAACAAGAUUCAACAAGUUGCUGACGUUAUCCGCAGGUCUACAGCCAUGAUUAUCGUGGCAUUCACAGCAUCAGGAGAUAUGAAGAUUCUGCUGGAGGAGUUGGCCCGCAAGCCCUUUCCUCCCAGACAAUGGAUAGGCACUGAAUCAUGGGGAACUGCUCCUGAAUUUCUGAAGUUUGACUUUUGUGCUGGGGCAAUUGGAUUUGGUAUUCCACAAUCUGUUAUACCUGGAUUUCGAGAAUACUUAUUAGAUCUUUCCAAUGCCAAAGUAGCUGCGUCUAAACUGCUUACUGAAUUGUGGGAGGGUGCAUUCAACUGCCAGCUAGAAAAAACGGAUAGAGUGUGUGAUGGAACUGAAGAUAUACAGAAGCUCCAAAGCCCAUACACUGACACCUCUCAGCUCAGAAUCACAAACAUGGUGUACAAAGCUGUUUACUCAAUAGCACAUGCUGUACACAAUAUUCUGUGUAACAAGAUAAACUCCACAGUGCAAUGUGAUCCAUUCUUGAAGAUCGAGCCACUGCAGGUUUUAGAUCAGUUGAAAAGGGUGAAUUUCUCUCGUCAUGGUUACCAUGUCUCAUUUGAUGCCAAUGGUGACCCUGUGGCCUUCUAUGAGCUGAUUAACUGGAAGAGAAAUGAGAAUGGGGGUCUGGAGUUUGUAAAAGUGGGACACUAUGAUGACUCGCUUCCUAUUGGACAGAAGUUCAAUAUGAUAAAGAAUAUCAGCUGGUCAGAUGGUGGUGGACAGGUGCCUGUGUCUGUAUGCAGUGACAGCUGUCCACCAGGAACGCGUAAGGUUCUCCAGAAGGGAAAGCCGGAUUGCUGCUAUGAUUGUGUACCAUGUGCUGAAGGAGAGAUUAGUAAUACUUCAGAUUCUUCAGAUUGUUUCCCUUGUCCCAAUGAGUUCUGGCCAAAUGAAGGGAAAAAAUUAUGUCUUCCUAAGCCUGUUGAGUUUCUCUCUAUGCAUGAGGUUCUGGGAAUUAUUUUGGCAGUAUGCUCAGUUGUAGGAGCCUGUUUAACCAUUCUUACAGCCAUAGUGUUCUUCCAGCACAGAGCAUCUGCUAUUGUUAGGGCCAACAACUCUGAGCUGAGCUUCCUGCUGCUCUUCUCCUUGACUUUAUGUUUCCUGUGUUCUCUGACUUUCAUUGGUCCACCUUCAGACUGGUCGUGUAUGCUUCGCCACACAGCUUUUGGGAUCACAUUUGUCCUCUGUAUCUCUUGUGUUCUGGGCAAGACCAUAGUGGUGUUAAUGGCAUUUAAAGCUACACAACCAGGACGCAAUGUAGCAAAAUGGUUUGGCCCUACACAGCAGAGAAUGACUGUAGUGUCUUUUACAUUUGUUCAAGUUUUGAUCUGCACUAUUUGGUUGGUUUUGAAGCCUCCCUUCUCUAUGAGAAACCUGACUAUCUACAAGGAGAAAAUCAUUCUAGAAUGUGCAUUAGGCUCAUCAUUAGGUUUCUGGGCUGUGCUUGGGUACAUCGGGCUCCUUGCUGUAUUUUGUUUUGUAUUAGCUGUUUUAGCCCGAAAACUACCUGACAAUUUUAAUGAAGCUAAGCUAAUCACAUUUAGUAUGCUAAUAUUCUGUGCUGUUUGGACUACUUUUAUCCCAGCUUACAUCAGUUCCCCUGGGAAGUUCACUGUAGCUGUUGAGAUUUUUGCCAUAUUGGCCUCUAGUUUUGGAUUGAUUAUCUGUAUAUUUGUUCCUAAAUGUUUCAUAAUUUUGUUUCGGCCAGAGAAAAACACCAAGAAAAAUGUAAUGGGUAAAAAAUAA